AUGUACUCCUAUGAGUUCAAUAGGUUGUGGAAUUAUUGUGAAGAAAUUAUUCAUAGAAAUCCUCGAAAUACUGUGAAGGUAAAGUUUAUAAGAGAAUCACCAAAUUCAAGACCCAUCUUCCAACGAUUUUAUGUUUGCUUUGAUGUCGUGAGAAAAGGAUUCCUCGAAGGUUGCAGACCUUUGAUAGGGUUGGAUGGAUGUUUCUUAAAAGGAAUGUUGAAGGGUGAGUUAUUGACUGCUGUGGGGAGGGAUGCAAAUAAUCAAAUGUACCCUAUCGCAUGGGCCAUUGUUGAGGUCGAGAAUAAGGAUUCAUGGGGCUGGUUUGUAGAGGCCUUAAAGAACGAUCUUGGCACAAAGGAUGGUGUAGGAUACACAGUGAUCUCAGAUCAACAGAAGGGGCUUGUGCAGGUACUGGAGGAGGAGAUGUCAUCGGCUGAGCACCGACGAUGUGCAAGGCAUAUCUAUGCAAAUUGGCGCAAGAAGAAUGGGGGAAAUGAUUGUCGCAAGCAAUUUUGGAUGUGUGCAAAGUCAACUACAAUCCCGCAAUUUGAAAAACACCUCGAGGAAUUGGAUAAGAUGAGCAAGACAGGAAAGGCUGAUUUGAUGAGGAUUGCUCCAAAAUAUUGGUGCAAGGCUCACUUUAAAACUAUAUGCAAGUCAGAUAUUGUGGACAAUAACUUGUCAGAAGCAUUUAAUGGAUCGAUACUGGAAGCUAGACACAUGUCUAUCAUAUCUAUGCUUGAGGCAAUUAGAGAGAAGAUAGUGACAAGAAUGCGUGAAAAAAGAGAUGCAUGUCAAAGAUGGAAAAGGGAAAUUGCGCCAAGGAUAUUAGAGAAGAUAGAAGGCAAUAAAAAAGAAAGUGCCUUUCGUCAUGUGCUUUGGAAUGGAGAAGAUGGAUUUGAAGUGCGCCAUAGGAACGAUAAAUUUGUAGUGGACAUAAGAAACAACUCUUGCUCUUCCAGGGCAUGGGACUUGAGUGGGAUUCCAUGCCCUCAUGCAAUCUGUGUCAUACUAUUCAAAGGAGAGGAGAUAGAAACUUUUGUCGUCCACUGGUAUAAGAAGGAUAUCUAUUUAAAGACAUACAGUCACUACUUGGGAGCAAUGAAUGGCGAUAACCUGUGGCCUUCUAGUGAUAGAGAACCUUUGGUGGCACCAAUGCCUCGGGUUAUGCCCGGUAGGCCUAAACAAAAAAGGAUAAGAGAGGAAGGAGAAUCUAAAAAUGGAUUCAAAGUGUCAAGACAAGGAUGA